GCUGCUGCUGCACGGAGCUUCCACCACUGUCUUCUCCCACCGAGCCACCGGGCAUCGUUUCUCCUCUCCGCCGUCUGAGAGGAUCUAUUCACGGGCAAGGCUUUAAGAGUUCAGUCGGUGUCACUUUUUUUUUUUUUUUUUUUUGUACACAGUGGGGGAAAUAUAUAUUCUGUCUAUUUUGUGCAAGCUUUGCUUUCCAGUUUGCCCUUGAAGACAUAUGGAGAAAAUGGCUAGACCUCUUCCCAAUAACCCAACUUUCCUGCCGCCGACUCACGGCGUGCUGAAAUCCCUUCUGGAAAAUCCUCUAAAGCUGCCUUUCCAUCACGAUGAAGGACUUGGGAAAGACAAGGAGAAAGAAAAGAAGUUGGACGAUGAGAGCGGCGUGGCCAACCACCCGCAGUCGGCCUUCCUCGGUCCGACCCUGUGGGACAAGACCCUUCCCUACGAUGGGUUGGGACAGGUGCUGGACAACUUUCAGCUGGAGUACAUGGACCUGGAGGAGUUCCUGUCAGAGAACGGCAUCCCCUCCAACACAGCCCAGGGCGAGCAGGCCCAGCAGGCAGCACAGCCGGCGCCGCAGCAAUCCCCACCCUCAGCCCCGCCCACGCCCUCGGUGGUGGACCUCAGCAGCCGCGCCACCACCUCGGUUCACACGGCCAUGCCGCCUCAGACCUGCCUGCGCAGCCCCAGCACAGCAG